AUGACGACGACGACCUCGACCCCGACUCCGAAGACGACCCCGACCUCGACUCCAAUGACGACCACAACCCCGAAUUUGUCUAUGAUUCAGACCUCGAUCCCGAUUUUGACUCUGACUCCAGCCCCGACUCAGGCUCAGAUCCCGAUCCAAAUUCCUACUCAACCUGUAUCCUAUGCAUCUUCCGCUGCACAGAUUACGACUUCUCGACUAACGACCCCGACACAUGGACUAGAUUGCGCAUAUUGUGGUGAUCCAAGACACACUCGUGAGACUUGUUUUAAAUUGCAUGGCUAUCCCGAUUGGUGGGCUACUCUUAAAGAUCGAGGACAAUGCAAUACAACCAGUAAUGGUACUGGUUAUGGAUUCCAUACUUCUGAUAAGAUUGAUUCCAAGAGUUGGAUAAUUGAUUCUGAUAUUCACAUUAAGGAGAUUCUUGGUCGUGGUACUAAGAGAGGGGGGCUAUAUUAUGUCGAUGACUUCAGUCCUGGCGUGGCUAACAGUGUGACGCAUCCCUUUGAUAACAAACAAAAGCAAAUCUGGUUAUGGCACCGUUUCAAGGACUCCGACUUCACAUGUGAUACUUGUAUUUUGGCCAAGAGUCACCGUGUGCCCUACCCGUUGAGUACGAACAAGUGUACUACUCCAUUUACGUUAAUUCACUCUGAUGUCUGGGGACCUUCACCUAUCACUGUUUCUUCUGGUGUUCGAUGGUUUGUCACAUUCAUAGAUGAUUGUACACGGAUGACAUGGCUUUAUUUGCUGAAGAAUAAAAACGAAGUGUUUUCCCGUUUUCAGUCAUUCCACAAACAGAUGAAAACUCAGUUUAAUGCUCAAAUCCAAAUUCUUCGCUCCGAAAAUGGUGGAGAAUUUGUGCUUGUGCAACACAGACCUCUGCCCUCUGUUUUGGUACUCACACCUCGAAUCUUUGGAUGUGUGGCUUUCGUUCAUCUCCACAAAAAUCAAUGUAGCAAACUUGAUCCCUGUGCGCUUCGUUGUGUUUUUGUGGGUUAUGCCACUCAUCAGAAAGGCUACCGUUGUUAUCACCCUCCUACCCGACGUACCUAUGUCACUUUGGAUGUGACCUUUCUGGAAUCUGAGCUGUUCUUCCAUGACCCAUCAUCCAAUUCUAUGCUUCAGGGGGAGAUACGAAGUGAAGAGCAGAAUUGGAGCAACUUGAAAAACGAAGAAAUUCUCCUAUGUACAGAAAUGAUUGAUCAUCCCGAGUCUGGAGCACAAGAUUACUCUCUGCCAAAAAGCGACCAAUCGCCCAUUCAUAGCGAUCAAUUACCUGGCCCACCUGAUCCAUACGAAGAUAUUUCUUAUCCGAGUCUCACACCUACAGACAAUACAGAACAACAAGAUGAAGACCCCCCCUUAACUCAACAGUACCAACAGACCAAUCUCCUGAGAAUAUCCUUGAGGCAAAAUCGUGGGAAGCCACCAAACCGCUAUUCACCUGAUAUUGGCAAGACAUCCAAGUAUCCAAUUGCAAAUCAUGUAUCCACUGAGAAGCUGUCUGAACCACUCAAGGCUUUUGUGCAUCAGUUCUUUGCUAUCCAUAUUCCAACCAAGGUCUCUGAAGCAUUGAAAGAUCCUAAGUGGGUCCAAGCUAUAAAAGAGGAGAUGAAAGCUCUUGAGAAAAAUUAG